AUGGAAUCCGAAAUCAGAACCCAAAUCCCGAACAUCGACCCUGUUCUGUCAGAGUACUCGGCCGGGUACCUGACCCAUGCUGCCAACCAGUUCACUUCCGACACUGACCCAAAUGCCCCCUCCCCACUUGAGGAGGCCGCUGCCACCGUGAGCGCUCUGCUCUUAUCAGCGUCCGGAGAUCUCUCACCUCAGAAUGAGACGAGCAUCCAGAACCUUGUGGAAAAAUUCAUUUCCCGCCUGAACGCCGCCAAUGGCACAGACAGUGAGCGGCGCCAGAUGGCACCAUCAGCCAAGAAGCUCGACCAGGCUAUCCACGUGGGCUCGUCCAGGAACAUCUCCUCCACGCUAGGUCUUGCUGGCGGCGCCGUCGACCUAGAAUCUGCCAACACACGUAAAGUUGAAUCCAGGGUCGAUCGCAAGAAACUUGAAAAGGCCGAACGCAAGCUCCGUGCGAAGCAGGACCGCAAGGAAUUCAAGAAUGUCGAAUAUGAAGCUUCUCGACUUCUCAAUGAGCCCAACGAGGCACAAAGCUAUGAAGAAUUCUACAUGGCUGUCAACCCGCUGCAGCUGGGCGAGGCCAACAACAAGAGCAAAGAUAUCAAGAUCGAUAGCUUUGACAUUUCUAUGCCUGGAUUACGCAUCCUUACAGAUAGUUCCCUGACACUCGCAUAUGGCCGCAGAUACGGUCUGGUAGGUCAAAACGGUAUUGGUAAAUCCACCUUGCUUCGCGCCCUCGCCCGCCGUGAGGUCGCUAUUCCUACGCACAUUUCGAUUCUUCACGUGGAACAGGAGAUUACUGGUGAUGACACACCCGCACUGCAGGCUGUCUUGGACGCCGAUGUAUGGCGCAAGCAUCUCCUUCGGGAGCAAGAGAAGAUUAGCAAGGAGCUAGCUGAGCUUGAAGAGGAGCGUGCUAAGAUGGCCGACACCUCCGCAGAUGCUGCCAGGCUAGACACUCAGCGUGAAGGUCUAGACACCACUCUGAGCGACAUUCAUGGCAAGCUCGCCGAGAUGGAGUCUGACAAGGCAGAAUCUCGAGCAGCAAGUAUCCUCGCAGGUCUUGGUUUCUCACAAGAACGACAGCAGUUUGCGACCAAGACAUUCUCUGGAGGGUGGAGGAUGCGUCUGGCACUUGCACGUGCGCUGUUCUGUGAACCUGAUCUGCUACUGCUUGACGAGCCGUCGAACAUGUUGGACGUCCCCUCUAUUACCUUCUUGGCGAACUAUCUCCAGGGCUACCCAAGCACAGUACUUGUCGUAUCUCACGACCGAGCUUUCCUCAACGAAGUGGCAACUGAUAUCAUUCAUCAACACUCUGAGCGACUCGACUACUACAAGGGUGGCAACUUCGACUCCUUCUACGCUACCAAAGAAGAGCGCCGCAAGACAGCAGUGCGUGAGUACGAGAAGCAGAUGGCCGAGCGCGCGCAUUUGCAAGCUUUCAUCGACAAGUUCCGAUACAAUGCUGCCAAGUCCUCUGAGGCCCAGUCUAGGAUCAAGAAGCUGGAGAAAAUGCCAGUCCUCACUCCACCAGAAGCAGCAUACUCGGUGCACUUCAAGUUCCCAGAGGUGGAGAAGAUGUCACCUCCUAUCAUUCAGAUGAGUGGUGUUACCUUUGGGUACACGCCCGACAAGAUCCUGCUCAAGAACGUCGACCUCGAUGUGCAACUCGACUCACGUAUUGGUAUCGUUGGUCCCAACGGUGCUGGUAAGACGACAGCUUUGAAGCUGCUCAUCGGCGCACUUUCACCUACCACGGGUCUCAUCUCGCAAAACCCACGCUUACGAGUAGGCUUCUUCGCACAACAUCACGUUGAUGCUUUGGACCUGAACGACAGCGCUGUCGGAUUCAUGUCGAAGACGUACCACGGAAGGGCAGAUGAAGAAUACCGUCGUCACCUUGGUGCCUUUGGCAUUACGGGUAUGACUGGAUUACAGAAGAUGGAACUGCUGUCAGGAGGUCAGAAAUCGCGUGUUGCCUUUGCAUGCCUAGCGCUGCAGAACCCGCACAUUCUCGUGCUUGACGAGCCGUCUAACCACUUGGACAUCGAGGCCAUGGACGCGCUUUCGGAAGCACUGAACAAGUUCCAGGGUGGUGUACUCAUGGUCAGUCACGAUGUCACUAUGCUGCAGAACGUAUGCACAAGCUUGUGGGUGUGUGACAACGGAACGAUCGAGCACUUCGAUGGAACCGUCAAAGAUUACAAGCGCCGCAUCACAGCGCAAGCGAACGAGGCGGGAGUUACUUCCAGUACAGACGGCUUGUCCGUAGUCACUCCUUUGCCUCCGAAUCCCACCCAGCGCGAUUCCUCCCGUCCACGCUACGCCGUCACCGCUCCCGCCAGCAGCACCGCCGCAUUGACGACAACAGCCGGCGAAUCACCCUACCCACCUCCCUUCUCCUCCCUCUUCUUCCCGCCCGACGACGCUGAGGAACGCGACAAGCUCGGUGAAACCGCCGAAGACGAAUCACCUCCCGCAUUCACAUCUGCGCCUGCCUUUACCGAGUCAUCCUCGUCCGCUGCUGCUGUAGCUGCCACCAAAGCCGCGCUCCCUUCCGACACCAAGGAAGGCUCCAGUAGCAAAGACCUCGACGACGGAGAGCCGCCGCCACCCUACAGCGAAGGAUCCAGCCCACUCGAGUCCUUUACGUACGUAAUGGCAUCCGCAGGAGGUCCCGCGAGUAUCAUUACUCAGGUGUCGCAAACAACAAAUGCAGGACCGCCCAUCAACACCCUGGGUGGAUCAGACGAGAAUAUCACUCUGGAACUGAGGGGCACGCGAUUCACUCUAUCGCGAGACGAACUUCUAACCCUUCCCGAAUUCGUCCUCCUUUCCCUCUUUCCCAAUGGCCUACUCCCUGAUGGGCACAUGAACUCCUACCACGAUGGAGACGUAUACCCAGUCGACGUUGGUAACCCCAUUUCUUCUUCCUCACCCCUUCCCUCGACCCCAGUAGCUAAGAUCUUGUACCACCUCUCCAACCCCGCAUUAUACUUAUCUGACAAUAUCUACCCUUCACAGUACGACCCAAACUCCCUACAGUACAUGCUGGAGUUCUUCCGCACUGUAGCCCAGACCAUUCCCGCAUCGCCUCCAUCCCCGACCGCUGCCGAACAUGCUGCCGAGGCUGUACCCAUUGAGCCCAUGCAUGGCUCUGCCAGGGAUAUGCUCCAGGACCGCGCUGGUAUAAUUGUGCUGCGAGAGGAUCUCGACUUCUACGCUAUCCCACCGCAUCGCGACAUCACUCAGCCCGAGAUGAUCGAAGUCAAGCGGGCUGCAGGCGAAGCAUUGUUGAGACAAGAUGGCAUUUUCUCUGGUCUCAGGAAGAGCGAAGAGCCAGGAACGACCGAGCAGCACCUGAUCGAGAUGUUGACUGCAGGUGGCUUCAACCACGACGACCGAUGGGGUCACCGCGCCGGCGAGCCCAACAAAGCCGUCAUCUGCAGCAUCGCGCUUGCACGCCUGAGGACAGACAUUAAGGGCAACGACCUUGCUAACAGCAACGCUGUCGGAAUGGCGCAGAAGCUGCUCCUCUUCUGGAGGAAACCCGCUCGCCGCUGCUGGUGGGAAGGUGUCGAGCUUGACAAUGUCAGAGGUGUCGAAGGCAAGCUCAAGGUGUGGAUAAGGAGGGUCUGGACGCUGGAAAUGAGCGUUAUCGGUCUCCGCUAA